UUUAUGCUACUUGGUCAUUUGGCUUCGUACCGUUUUCAAUUUCGCAUAAAACAUUCUAGACGUACGUUGGCAAAUUGACAGGAACGAGUUUUUAAAAGUGUGGAUUUAUCAUUUACUAACUAAAUAAAUAAAAGAUAAAUUAAUUCGUAAUUUCAUCAUGAACUUACUAGAACUACCAGAAUGUAUGCUUAUGGAGAUAUUUGAGUUCAUUACCUAUGAAGAGGUAUCUAAGAACCGUUUGGUUUGCAGGAGAAUAAAUCAAAUAUGCCAACAAGUAUUAAAUGGAGGUUUCAGUCGAGCUGUCCGCCAGCAUGGCACUAUCUUUAAACGGAUUAAAUCGAUGCUUCCACGUAGAGAAUCGGAGCGACGGAAUCACAGUUUGGCGCGUCAUGCAGAUAUUCUCACAUCUAUUGAGACACGUAUCUCCAUGCUAUCCAUGACAUAUUGCAAGUACAUAGAUCUGAAUUUAUGUUGUUUCAUACCGGGGCGUGUGUUAGACGAAAUUUUUCGUAUUCUGGCACUAGUGUCAAAAACUCGUAAAACUCUUCGACCACACGAAGUUCUUCAAGAGCUUCGUGAUAUAUCGUCCAUGGCUAUAGAGCACUUUGAUGAAAAAAUAGCAAACCUUCUUAAAUCCUAUGUGGAUGCUAGUGGUAGCAGGUCGAAUGCCAGUGGAAUUGAUAAUAAACGCAUUACACCGGCAAGCUCAGGUUUAGGGAGCAUUAGCUUCAGUGUUCACCCAAGUAGCUCAACUAUGUGGGCACAAUCGUCUAGCACAUCCACAUCAAAAAUCUGGACACCGCCAACACGAGCGGCGCCACUGAAACUUGCUUGCAAUACUUGCAAUGACUCUGCUUGUGAAGCUAUUCUGAACCGAAUGGCCGCUAUUAUAAAUAUGAAAUCACCACAUUCAGACAGUUCAGAUUCCACUGACUGGGAUUCCUUGUAUACGGCAGUUGGGUGUUGCGGUGCUAAAACUACAGAUGUUUGCCGUAAAAAUGAUGCCCAACAACGCAGCAAUGGAUGUGCAGAGGCUAGAGCUACUAUGGUCAAGUACAAGAAACUUGAGUUGGAAUACAAAAAUGGAGUACAAAGGAUGAACCGGAUGCAGCAAAUACAAGUGCAACAGUCACGUCGUUUGCAACAAUCUAUGAACACUAUUACAAUUAUGAGCACUCAAAUCACAGAACUUAAAAAACGUUUGGAGGAUUUAGAUGCAAAGAAUCGUGAAAUAUCUGCAAAUAUCAAACAGAUUAACCCAUCCUCAGGAGAAGCCACUAAUACAACACCAGCAUCUGGUGCUAUUACUUCUGCAGACGUAGAUGAUGACGGACUUGAAGAUACUGAUAAGGCAGAAGGACCCUCAGCUGCCAAAAAACGGCGUUGCGAAGGAAGAUCGACAGGGCGAAAGAGAAAGUCUGAUUCAGAUGAAGAGCUUUAAAUUGGAUUGAAGAUUACGGAGAAAUUAAAAAUGUCAUAAAUAAAUCAAAGGUAUUAAUCCGUGUUUGCAUUAACUACUCUGCAGCAGCAAUAUCAACGAAAGCAUUGCUCUGCUCUCGGUACUGCUUUGAACUUGAACAGAUGAGUAGUAGAAUAACUAUUUUGCUCCGCUCCAAGCUAAGUUUCUAGUAGCUUAGAGGCAUAGCCAAACUAAUUUUUAAGUGCAUGUGGACUCGAACUACAGCUGCUGCUCUUGCUUCUGUUGCUCCGCUACUACUUCCAUAGUUGCUAUUUAGCCAAUGUACGUUUUGUUUUUUGUCGUACGCCUUUUUUUAUGAAUUUUCGCGAUGCCAGAUUAAAAAUAUAACCGACAAACUAUGUAAUGCAGAUUGUUGGGAUGGUUGAAUGCAACUUAAAAUUAUUUUUUUUUUGUAGUUCCUGAAGCCUCCAACAUUGUAUGUUAACAUAAUUCUAUACGUGACGGACUCAUUUUGCGAACAUAUCGCUAAUAAUUUGGAAUACAUAUAGCGCUAAAUCACAUUCUGCCGCAUAUCAUAUGUAAAUGUAUGUGUGUACAUAUAUACGCAAACUAGCGAAGGAAUAUUUCAUACUUCAGAGUCUGAUUUGAAUAUUUUUAUUAAGUACGGACAGGCAACAGAAAUCAAAUUUUUUAUUGUUCUAUUUCCCUCACCGAUAUUUCAAUUGUCUUGAGCCUUUUUCACUAAUUACCUCGUCAUUUGUAAAGACCCAAAAACCUUGAGGUUUUACCAGUGUAACUCUAGCCCGUAUUUUCGAGAGUUGCAAUGCUUUGUUCUUGUUGCAUUAUCACUCGCCUACCGAAAAAAUUCGUGAAAAUGGGAAAAGGUUCAAAAGCAUUGAAUUAUCGGCGAGCGAAACUAUAACAGUAAAAAUUUAGAUUUGUCUAGUCUGUAUUUACUUUCGUGUCUCAAAAGGGAGCUUUCAUAUUAUUUACUUGAUAUUCCUGGAAAUAUCCGGGCUUGUUUGCAUCUACACACUGAUGCUGCUUGCUCAAAAUUAAAAACAAAAAUAUUCAAAUAAAACUCUGACGCAGAAAUAUUCCUUUAUUAGUUGGCGCAUAUAUGUAAGUAGAUAAAUUUACAUAUGAAAUGGCGUAGAAUGUGAUGUAGCGCCAUAUCCCAAAUUACAGACACAUAUAAAUUGAUAAAUCGUUAAAAAAAAUUUUAAGAUAUCAAUAUAUUAAUUAGAAGCUGCUGACUUCAGGAAUUAUUAAAAUCAUAAUAUUCAAAAAAAAAAAAAAAAAAAAAACCAAUAGUGACUAAAUAGUAGUAGUAGCUGGAGUGUAUGUACAUGAAUAAUUUCGCAAGCAGUACUCCGGCCCAUUUCAAGUUUUCUGCUACUACUCCAACUACAGAGAGCACUUAAACAUUUGUUUGACAAUUUCUCUGAGCUACUAGCAGUUACGAAACGAAUCUUGGAGCGGACCAAACCAGCUGAUACCGCAUUUGCGCUAUCUGUCCAUUACUCAUCUGUUCAAGUUCAGAGCAGUAGCGAACGCUAAAAUUAAAACUGGGAAAUAGCGGCGUAAUUUCAAUCCCUGAUAUUAACUCACUUUAACCAAUGGUUAACAAAAACAAUGGUAAUCGCUGGAUUAAAGUUGGCUGACUUCCUAAACACAUAAUACUUUUCGUAUGAUUUACUUUGCGGCGCAUCAUAGUAGUCAUGCCUCUAAGAAGUCAGCGAAUCUAAAAAAAUGUAUACUUAUUUUCGUUGUAAGAAUUUAUACAGCCUAUUUCUAUAGAUUAGUUUGUACAAAAAAUAGUCGGUUAUUUGAUUUAGGAUGAAAGCCGACUGAAAUGGUACAAACGCGAAACUCUUACAUUAUCGGAAAUAUUAUAAAAUACCUAGCAGCUAUGUAUUUUGUAUCCUUGUUUAAAUAAAUCGACUUAUGCCUGUACUGUUUUUAUUUUUUUUAUUAGAAAACAAGUCUGGACCUUGUCAUAUUACGCCCUUUCGAUCAAUAAUCGUAGACUAUUUCAAAUAAAUCUAAAACGAUUCUAGCAUGAAGCUUCGCCAUCAAAUUUUAAUCUACUAGCCUUCGUUCGAUGAAAAAAUAAAGUAAUUUUAAACUAAAUAUGUUCGUUCAUACAAGAAUGAAAAACGAAAAAAAAAAAAACGGAAACUUGCGG